AUGGCCACAAUUGAUGUAGAACAAGCCAUUUUAGAUGGCAACACUCAUAAAUCAAUUCCUUUAUCAGUUUACGAAUCAUCAUUAGCACCAACUUAUCAAUCAUCAUUAUCCUCAUUAUCCUCAUCAAUAAUUAAUUCAUUUUCAUUGAAAUCACCAAUCGAAUUUGAUCCAUUAAUUCAUUUAACUUAUUACGCUAAUGGUUCUCGAGCACAAAAAUUAUAUGAUCAAACUCGAAGAUUGACAUUGGAACAAUUAGGUUUAAAUCAUAAACAACAACAAUCUCAACAAAUUAGUGAUAUUGGAGUGAGUGAUCCAUUUCAAUUAUUUACUGAUGAAGCCAUCACCAUUAUGAGACAAGAAGUUUUACAACGAGAUACAUUUAUGAAAUAUGCUCGAUAUUCAUAUAAUUCAACUUCAGGAAUGGAUUGUGUUGUUCGAGGAUUUGUUAAAGAUGGUGAUGAAAUUAAUUGUCCAUUCACGUAUCAAGCUUGGACUCAUUGUAAAACUAUGGAAUUAGUUAGUAAAAUGGCCGGAGUUGAAUUAGAAAUUGUUAUGGAUUAUGAAAUUGCUCAUACUAAUAUAUCUAUGAAACUGAAUGAUAUGGUUGAAGAAGAAAGAAUUAAACAUCAACGACAAUUAAUUGAUCAAGAAUCGGCUACUUCUACUACUACUAAUGGUGGUGAUGAUAUUCCGGCAGUUGUAGGAUGGCAUUAUGAUAGUUAUCCAUUUGUUUGUGUUUUGAUGCUUUCUGACACUACAAAUAUGAUUGGUGGUGAAACUUCUUUACGCAUGGGUAGUGGUCAUAAUGGUAAAGUGGCUAUUGUUCCAAGUCCAACAAAAGGUUCAGCAAAUGUUUUACAAGGAAGAUUGAUUGAACAUAUUGCUCCUUCACCCGUGGGGAUGAGUGAAAGAAUUACCAUGGUUACUUCUUAUAGAGCUAAAUCUCCCAUGAUGAAAGAUACUAGUGUUUUAUCUACUGUUAAACCCGAAGUUAAUUAUGGAUCUCGUUAUAAUCAAUUUUAUGGAGAAUGGAUUGAUUAUAGAAUUAAAUUAAUGCAAAAAAAAUUGGAUUUAAUUAAUUUAAAUACUAAAUGUGAUGCAAAUUCUGGGAAAUUUAAUAAACAGAAAACUAUUGAGGCAUUAAAAGAAGUUGAAGAAUAUUUGUUGAAAACUUAUUCUGAAAUGUGA